AACUCUUCGGUGCUCUGUGGUUCAAGGCGUGAAUUUGCGACAGCUUCUGUCAAGAAGUAGUGCCGUGUUGUGUGGGCAGGAACUAUCUUGAAAGCCGUUGCUCGCUGGACAACUCUGCGCCAUGGUCAAGACGUCCAAACCGUCCGUCGACCUGUCCACCAAGUCGGUGCUGCUGGCGGCAACGGACGACAAUAUGAACCUCUACGAAAACCGCCUCGCUAGUUUCGAGAAUUGGCCACUAACCGGCGACUGCAUGUGCACGCCAGCGCGGAUGGCGGCGGCUGGUUUCUACCACUGCCCUACGGAGAACGAGCCAGACCUCGCACGUUGCUACGUGUGCUUUAAGGAGCUGGACGGCUGGGAGCCGAAUGACGAUCCAGCCAAAGAGCACUCGCGCUCUGCGGACUGCGCUUUCGUUCGCUUGGGCAAAAAAAGCGGAGACAUGGCAGCGCUGGACUUUCUCGGGCUCGAGAAGGCCCGCGCAAAGAACCGAGCAUGCAAGUUCAACGACCUGGCCGUGGCCGAAGCGGGAGAGGCCAUGCGCAAGGUCAAAUACGAACUGGACAAGGUGCUGAGGAAGAAGCGCUGACGGCCUGCGUGUGUGCUACGAGGCGUUCGCGAUUGUGUGCGCUUUUAAACUGCGGAGCCAAUCGUCUCGCUCGGAUCUUUAGUUCCCUGUGUAUAUUUUUGAACUUGUGUGGCAGAUUUUAAUAAAUCCUCAUUUUUUUACGCUA